UUUGUUUGUUGAAAUGUUUCUAUCAUUGAAGGAAAGUGCGAACCGAGAAAUCGUAAGUAGUUGUUAGCUGGUCGCCAAAAAUCGAGCUCUCGUUUUCUCCCUCUCUGUAAACAAAGUAGAACUGAAGAACCAAGAAGAAAGCUAGAGUUUCUCAAUCGCCUAACGAUGGCCAUAGAUCUCAGUCCAAAGCUCUACAUUCUGUACUGAGUCUACUGGAAGCGUUCCAGCAAUGGAUCGGGCGCUCAAGGCCGCAAGAGCAUCCGGCUCUCUUAAUCUAUCGAAUCGCUCCCUCAGUGAUGUGCCGAGUGAGGUUUAUCGGAGCUUGGAUGCAGUUCAGGCGGACGAGAAGUGGUGGGAGGCUGUGGAGCUACAGAAGUUGAUUCUAGGUCAUAAUAAUAUUGAAUCAUUGAACGAAGAACUUAGGAAUUUAUCUUCUCUUACUGUGUUAAAUGUGUGCCACAAUAAACUUUCUGAACUACCAGCUGCCAUUGGAGAGCUUCCUGCACUUAAACUCUUAGACGUGUCCUUCAAUUCAAUAGUGAAAAUACCAGAGGAAAUUGGAUCCGCAACUUCACUUGUCAAAUUUGACUGUACAAGCAAUCGUCUCAAGGAACUACCAAGUGCACUAGGAAGAUGUUUGGAUCUAUCAGACCUGAAGGCUUCAAACAAUUCUAUUGCCAGCUUGCCUGAUGAACUAGCAAACUGCUCAAAAUUGACAAAGCUUGAUGUGGAGGGGAACAAGCUAACGAUGAUAUCUAAAAAUUUGAUUGCGUCAUGGACCAUGCUCACUGAACUCAAUGCAUCAAAGAAUUUGCUAAAUGGUUUGCCUGAGAAUAUUGGCAGCCUAUCACGUCUCAUUCGUUUAAAUAUUCACCAGAACAAAAUUUCAUCAAUUCCUCCUUCAAUAAUGGAUUGCUGUUCUCUUGCAGAAUUAUAUAUGGGAAAUAAUUCAGUGAGUACAUUACCAGUGGAGAUUGGGGCUCUUUCUCAUCUGGGGACCUUAGAUCUUCACUCAAACCAGUUGAAAGAGUAUCCAGUUGAGGCAUGCAAGCUGCAUCUCUUGGUCCUUGAUCUUUCAAACAACUCAUUGACUGGACUGCCUGCAGAGAUGGGUAAGAUGACUACUUUGCGAAAGCUCUUGCUCACGGGCAAUCCCAUACGAACUCUUCGAAGCUCACUAGUUUCUGGGCCAACACCUGCUUUACUGAAGUAUCUCCGAAGUAGACUUCCUGAGAAUGAAGAUCUUGAGGCUAGUAGUACUCGGAAAGAGGAUGUAAUUACUAUGGCAGCUAGAAUGUCUAUCACUUCAAAGGAGCUUUCUCUAGAAGGGCAAGGGCUGAGUACUGUACCAUCAGAAGUUUGGGAAUCCUGUGAACUAAUGAAACUUGAUCUGUCAAAGAAUUCCAUUCAGGAGCUACCAGUUGAACUUUCUUCGUGUACUUCACUACAGACCUUGAUUUUGUCUAGGAACAAGAUUAAAGAUUGGCCAGGUGCAAUCCUGAAGUCGCUACCUAAUCUCGUGUGUUUGAAGCUGGACAAUAAUCCACUUAAACAGAUUCCAUCAGAUGGGUUUCAAGCAGUCUCUAUGCUACAGGUUCUAGAUCUUAGUGCUAAUAUAGGUUCCUUGCCGGAGCACCCAACAUUUUCUAGCUUACCCCUUCUGCAAGAGCUUUACCUAAGGAGAAUGCGGCUACCUGAAGUUCCAUCAUCUAUAUUGGACCUAAAGCACCUGCGGAUACUUGAUUUGAGCCUAAAUUCAAUUCAACUAGUUCCAGAGGGAUUAAAGAAUCUUGUCUCCCUUACCGAACUGGACCUAUCAGACAAUAACAUUUCAAUGCUUCCUCCAGAGCUGAGCUUGCUUGAACCCAGCUUACAGGUUCUGAAACUUGAUGGAAAUCCACUAAGAAGCAUUCGGAGGGCAAUUUUGGACAAAGGAACCAAAGCUGUUCUAAAAUAUUUGAAGGAUAAAAUGACAGAGUAAUAUUAGCUCUUUCAUGCUUCUCUCUAUUUGGAAUCUGAUUUUCUUUUUCCUACAAGAAAAUAACACUACAGUUAUGGGGGUGGGGAUUCAAAAUUUUAACUUAUAAAGAAUAUGAUUGAUGUUUUAACUGUCAAGCUGUGCUUAAAUUGACGUGAUGAGAAUUUCUUUCCUGUGGUUUAAAAUAUUUGUAUUUGGAGGACGAGAUGUAAAUAUAACUUGAGCUUUACAUUCAGAGUGUGUUGUGAUA